GACAGACUGAGCAGGAGUUCAGCUGCCUGCUCUGAGCCAUGGCCACAUUUUACCAGAUAUUUCUGCUGUUAUCAGGUAAGAUGACUGUGUUCUUUGUAGUUAAGGUGCAUAAAAUGAAUAGGGGGAGGGUCUGUUUAGGGGCUUAAGGGAGUUCCCCCCAGGUUACGGCUGUCUCCAGGUAAAAAUGCUUGCGUCUACUUGUGCACAGAGGUGUUUCUUACACGCUGAGCUCUUUUCACAUGUUUCUUGUUGAGCCUGAGUCUGCUAAUUUUGGAGGUUUAAAGUAGAGUUCAGCUUCAUUUACUUCCAUUAUGCACUCUAGUACACCACUUACCCAAUUCAAAGUUAAUUAUGUGCUUAAAGUCUUCAGAGAGGUGUUGAAACUGUUUUUAUAAGGUGUUGCUGUGUGGUGUUAUGUGCUUCAUUUUUUCUGUCUUCAAUCACUGACACCAACAAGGUUUAUAAUAACAGAAAAUUGUCUCUAUUUACCCUUUAAAAAUAAAACUUUUAAUCUUAAAUGUGGGUCAGGUGCACUGCCUUACUGGUUUAAAUAAUUACUUGUAGGUAGGGCUGUCUUGAAAGGUGUGGUGGUGAGCAAACAAAGGGUGGAGAAACAAAAAGGACUAUCUAAAUCUUAAACAUGAUAUGCUGCAGUUAAAAAGGCUUUUUUUUUUUUCUAACAGGGGACAAAGAAUGAAGGACAGGGCUUUUCAAAUGUAACAGUUCCCUUGGGUGUAAACUAAAUUUGAUAUUUUCCCCUCCUCCUCUGAUGGCCAUUUCUCAAAGCAGUGGCUUUACCCUCUGCGAUGAUGCUGAAGUCCCAGCGGGCAAAAAGGAGUUUAGUGGAGUUUGCGGGGGUUGUCCAGUGCAGCACAGGGAUCACUCCUCUGGCAUACCUGGGGUAUGGAUGCUACUGUGGGCCUGGAGGUCAAGGUCAACCCAGAGACGAAACAGACUGGUGAGGUUUAAAAAUGCAACACUUUCAAGGCUGUUUCUUUAGACUGAAAUCUCACAAGAACACCUGAUGAUAGUCUUAAACACUCAUUUGACACUCAUAUCCUACCCACAGGCAAUUUCAUGUGGAGUUAUACUGUGUUGUCUAAUGUUGCAAUCCAACCCUGUCUUUGAAAUAGCCCUGGCAGGAUAAAAUACCACCGCCCUGCAUCUUUGACUUGUGUCAUCUAUUAAAGCCUUAAAUCAAAGUUGCACUCAAUCUGUGUGUCUGCAGGUGUUGCUUCAGACAUGACUGCUGUUAUGGAGAAAUUGAACUUCAAGGAUGCCAAUCCAAACUAGGCAGUUAUAGCUGGACAUGUGAGAACAACAUGCCUCAUUGUGGUGAGACCUUCUUAUACGCAUGCUGAUGGCAUAUUUGAGCGUUCGAAACUUUGAAAGCACAAGGCGGCGUGUUUAUAUCAUAAUUUUCUUGCAUUUAAAUCUUAUGAGUCAGAGCAAUUUCUGCUUAAAAAUAGCAACACUUAAUUGUUAUUAAAUGUUAAGCACGUUAAGCCCGGGUGUGUCCUGAGUGAUGGCCAAGAAUAACAUGAGCACUUAAUGAAAUCUACCACCCUAUAGUAAUAAUCCAUGACUGCUUAUAGAUGGUGUUUAUGUCAAAAUCAACUCUUUUGACUGUGUUGAUAAGCAGCUAUUUUCUUUGCUCUUGAACAAAACACAUUUUCUUAAGUCGGUGCUUUAAACUGUAGAAAAAUAUUUUAGCUAUUCUAUAAGAGCUGCAUAGAACAGGUAAACUUCAGGAAAACAUCUUCUUAAAUCUUUAAAGACAUGAGCUUAAAAGAUUUAAAUGUUGUUUUUCUUUGAGUAAGAAUAAUCACACUAGAAUAUAACUUGCCAGGAGUUUAAGAAGAUAUGAUUAGUGGAGGCAGGAAGGACAUUCAAGCCAUCCAUUCAUGUGUGAAGUGUAGGCAUGCAUGCACUUAGGUGUAGGUGUGUUUGUUUGUCUGCGCGAGUAUCUUUAAACACACAUGAAGCUAUUCUAGUCAUUAAAGUCUGCACCUUUUUUUAAUCUAUCACCAGAUAUGCAGACUUGUUUUUGAUAUUUAUUUUAAAAAGCUUUAAUUUUGCUUUGAAAUUGUCUUUUCAGUCAAUCAAUCAAUUGUAGUUCACAACAAUUUCUGAAGACGUUUCACACAAGGAGGUAAACUGCCUCUGUUAUUCAAAGCUCCUGUAAGGAACUCUUGGUUUGUACAGUCUCUGUUUUUUUUCUCCUACAUGCUUUAAGAGCAUCUUCAAAUUUAUCAAUAAUUGUGAAUGAUUCAUAUGGAAACUGUUAAAACAGGGCUGGGUCAGCUGACACCCUCCCACUAGUUUCAAACAUCAAAAAUCAGGAUAUAAAAAUUGUCAGACUUGUUGUUGAUGGUCUUGUUUGUUUUUGCUUGCUCAAUGUGAAUUUCAGUUAAUUACAUUAACGUGAAAAAACGUAUGUCUUGCAAAUUGCAGGAGUGAAAUACAUUUUUCAGAUGAUAGUGAAACUGUUUCAAGCUUUACAAUCAAAAAAGUGUGACGAUAUUUCCUGGGAAACUUCAAAUUUGUACGAAUUCAUGUUUGUGUUUGUUUGCAGAUGAUCUGGAGGACAACUGCGAAAAGCUGAUUUGCGAGUGUGACAGGAAAUGUGCCGAAUGUUUGGGAAAAGCACCGUAUGACAAAGAAAAUAUACUCUGGCCUGAUAUUUUCUGUUCAGAAGACCCACCAGUAUGUAACAAAACAAUCCAACAGUAGAGGCCACAUGUGACAGUAAUAUUGGUAAUGUUACUGUGACAUUGUCAAAGACACUUGUAUUCUUUUCUCUUCUAAAAUCAUUAUCAGAUUCUCCUUAUUGACUUUAAAUGAACAUUUAGUGUUACUGUGCGUUCACAUCAAGCACAAAUUAAAUCAAAUACUCCCUCAAUUCGCACCACCAGGAUAGAAAGAGCGUCUAAUCACGUCUUUGCAUUGACUUUACAUGUAAUUCAUUCAUGUGAAUAAUUUAUCUUGUGCUUGGUGUGAACGCCCCUUUAGAGGU